AUGGCAGAAACGGUCCCAACGAAGCGCUAUGAAAAGAUCGAAGAGAAGGAGAACGAAGACGUGAAAGAGAUUGUGGUAAGUUAUUGUUUGAUUGGUUCUCCAAAUUCUAGGCAAAGAGGUUGAAGACAGAAUCUCCAAUUCUACGUACUCCACCGCGACCAUCAAAGACAAAGGCCCUUUCUUGGGAAGAAAUUCAAGCGAGAUUAAGAUCACCCAGUUUUACAAAUAAAGUGAAGGAGACGACGACGAAGAUGUUGAAUCCUGUGAUUGAUCCAAAAGCCAGGGACAGGGAUAACAGAUGUCGAAUGCAUGCCAAAGAUGACUGUUCUUGUUGUCGUCCUUACUUUGAUUCUCUUGGAUUAUCCGAGAAAGAGACCCUGAAGAGAAUUCAACAAGUUGGAAAACAUCGAGCGGUGUUUCAUUAUCCAAAAACCCCUCCGAGAUAUUGGGAUCUUGAGUUACGCGAACGCUCACCUAAGAAAUCUCCAAUUAAUCCUGGUGCUGAGAAAAGAAGGAAGUAA